AUGCAACUAAAUCCAGGUCCUUCCAAUCCCAUUCCUGCUAAGCCGUGUAAAACUAAUCCUAAUGACCUUAAAGUCCUUUACUUAAAUGCCCGAAGUUUGAAGUCUUUCGUCCCUGCUGACAAUGGCACUUCAAAUAAAGUUUGCAAAAUAACCUUACUGCAGGAGUUGGUUCACGGUGGUGAAUAUGAAGUUGUCUGUAUUUGUGAAACUUGGUUAAACAAUACAAUCCUUGAUACAGAACUACUCCCAGGUUUCAAUAUUUUUCGUCGGGACAGGGAGAAUUGGCGAUGGAGUUCUAAUCGCGAUUAAAGAAAACCUACAUGCUACUCGGCAUUGUGACCUCGAAAGAGAUGGCAUUGAACUUGCUGUAGUUCAACUCAAUAAAGCGAACAAUGAACCAGUAAUUCUUUAUGUGUAUUACCGUCCCAACUCCUCUCCUGAUGCCUGUCUCAGUCUUCUAAACAACUCCAUAGCAAGUAACCCGGAGUCAUGUUGCAUAAUCCUAGUUGGUGACUUUAAUAUUCCUUCAAUCUCCUGGUCAGACAGCCCAUCAACUAUUAACACUGGUGGAUGCUCCAAUGGCGAAAACCUUUGUGAACUUAUUGGCGAUAAUUUUCUGUAUCAGUUCGUUGAUGGCCCAACCCACCGUGCUGGAAAUAAGCUUGAUUUGCUGUUUUGUAAUCGUACCGAAACCCUGUCUGAUGUACUAAUUCUCUCCUGUGACAAACACAACUUUCUGUCUGAUCACUAUACUAGUGAAUUCCUUAUUCGCACAAAGUUCAGAAAAGCAAAACCUGUGCGGCGAACAGUUUAUGAUUGCAACCGAGCUAACUUUCCCGAACUUUGUAAAGCCUUGUCUCAAACAGAUCUUCGUGUAUCUCUUUCGGACAACAUUGAUGAUUGUUGGAAACAUUGGAAGGACUUAUUUUUAUCAGUUGUGUCAAGUUAUGUUCCGACCAAAGUUGUUAAGGAUACCAACUCUCCUCCCUGGUUCGACGGAGAAGUUCGCCAUCUAAUCCGAAAAAAGUACACCGCCUUACGUAAAUAUCGCUUGAAGAAAACGCCUGAACGUAAAGUUAAACUCCGGACAUUGUGUCAGCAAGGCAAGAAUGUUAUUUGA